AUGGCUCAUCAAAAUGAUCUAAAUCUCAAGGCAACUGAGCUGAGAUUGGGAUUGCCAGGCACAGAUGAAUCUGAGGACAUGGUUUCUACCGCAAAAAAUAACAAGAGAGCCUCGCCUGCGUCUGUUAAUGACAGUGGAUUAAAUUCUGCAGCAAAAUCUGCUGAUAAUGAAACCUCAUCUGCAUCCAAGGCUCAAAUAGUUGGAUGGCCACCGGUGAGGUCCUAUCGGAAAAACAAUCUCCAGCCCAAGAAGGCAGACUCUGAAACUGGGAUAUACGUGAAAGUAAGCAUGGAUGGAGCACCUUAUCUUAGAAAGGUUGAUCUCAAAGUUUAUAAUGGAUAUUCAGAUCUCCUCAAGGCUUUAGAAAGCAUGUUCAAACUCAGCAUAGGGGAGUACUCAGAGAGGGAAGGCUACAAAGGAUCAGAAUAUGCACCUGCUUAUGAAGAUAAAGAUGGUGACUUAAUGCUUGUUGGAGAUGUUCCAUGGGACAUGUUCAUGUCAUCCUGCAAGAGACUCAGAAUCAUGAAUGGAUCAGAAGCCAAAGGCCUAGGUUGUGCCUUAUGA